GGAAGAACCUACAAAUAUAUACAUAACAAAAUAAUCUGUGUAAGGGUUUCGUUUUCGAGGUUUUAGACGGAUUUAAGUGCUUUAGUAAGGAAUAUUGACCAGUUCAUUGUUGGAUCAAAGUGCUACAGGGUACGGUAAUGCUAUUUGAACAAUGAACUUAUAUCGGAAAGCCAAGUUAGCCGUGAAAUUUCGCAAAGCUGGUGAAGGUCAUGUGCUAAGUGAAAGUUCAUCAUCACAGACCCAAAGUCAGCCCAAUGUUCCACAGCAACCACGAAGAGCACCAACCUCAGAUGCACAGCGUGCCGGACAGGCAGCUAUUGCAAGAUUUCAGCAGCAAGAGAAACAGCCUAAACGACCACAUUCUGCCACUGCAACAUGGAAAUCACGUUCAAAUGAACCUGCAAGCAAACUGGAUGAUGGCCCAGGAGUGAAUGCAUCAAAAUUAAGAAGUGAAGUGGAAGCAGAAUUUAUUAGAGAGUCGGGAGCUUGUGGGUCAGGUGAACAACAGAAUUUUGAAAAGGAGGUUGUACACCAAGACUCAGCUCCAAUUCUUGCAGUCGCCGGUGUGUUCUUCAUUUGUCCAUUCUGCUCCGUCAGUUAUGUGCGACAAGAUAUUCGUGCUCACAUGGAUGACUGUCUCAAAGAGAGCUAUAAAAGUGACCAGAUAUUAAGUCCAGUUAAUAUGAUCAGGUCUUUGAACAAAGAUCAAAGUAAAGUAGAUGGUUGUGUUGAUGUUCUGUGCAGAUAUUUGGACAACAUUUUGAAGAAUCCAGACGAAAGUAAAUACCGUAGAAUAAAGCAGGGAAAUAAAGUCUUUCAGGAAAGAGUAAAACCUGUAAAAGGAAGCAUCGAAUUUUUGCUUGCCUGUGGUUUUUCUGAGCAACCAUUACCAGAUAACCCAGGCGAGAUGUGCUUUAUUAUCGAAGAAGGAGCUACCGAUGUGACAGAGAAACUAAAUAUCAUGAAGGAAAUCCUUGUUGCAACAGAGACUUGCAAGCCGAAGCUGGACAGAUCUCUCAGGGUACUCAAGCCGUCAUCAAGUAAUAGUGAAACUGUUCAACUUCCUGAGGGGUUUUUUGACCUAAGUUCAGAUGAAGUGAAGAAGAUGCAAACGGAACGAUUAGUGGAAGUUGAUCGUAAUUCUCAGUUAAGAACUCGUGCGAUGAGAGAAAGAGAAGAGAAAAAUCCAGCAAGGAUAUAUCGAUUCACGCUAUUACGUGUGAAGUUUCCUGAUGGGCACAUCUUACAAGGCACAUUCAAUGCUCGUGAGAAAUGUCAAUCCCUCGAGAACUUUGUGAGAGAACAGCUCCAAAAUGAUUGGCUGCCUUUUGUAUUGUCUGAGCCUGGCGGUGGAAUACUCACUCACGAGGAGUCGAGUUUCGAGGAACUUGGACUGGUUCCAGCCGCUAUUCUACAUUUCAACUGGGAUACAGCAGUGCUCGCAGACCUUGAAGCAAGUGGGAAGUCUAUGGAAACGAACUAUUUAAAGGUGACUUGUCCAUUGGGUUGAAGAACUUAUUGCCUCAACUGCUGACAAUUUACCUGAAAUAAAAAUAAACUUCCCUGCAUAAAAAGUACAAUAUAAAGCAUCCAGAUGACGUUUUUAACAACUAGUAUGUAUUAUUAUCAAUUUAGGGCCAGUAGUUCUCAAUCGUAGUGCAUUGCAUCAAUUGUGGUAACAUUUUGUAUUUUAAAUAACUGUUAUACCACACUCCAUGAUAGACAAAUUGAAAUUCCUGGGCUGCCAUACAUUGGCUCUCAUGAGAUGCUUGGCUUCCCAAAAUAUUACAUAAUAUGGGAGUGCAACAACACCCAAUGAUCAGGUUAUGUAUCUAUAUAUAACUGUUAGGUGACCUAGGUCCCUCAGCAGCUGUCAUCUUUUCAACCUGACAUAAACUUAAAGGUUUUCUUGCAACUCAAGCUUGCCAUGUGAUGUAAAUGCUCCUACUUACAAAUCUUUCCUUCCUUUUCAAGUUUCUUCAGAUGCUCUAACACGCGCGACCUGCAGAGAAGCUGCAGAGAAGAAUUUCUCUGCAGCUUUUCGUAGGUGAAUUCGGCUCUCCUGGUAGAAUGAUUUGGAGUCUUUAUAUUGCAUAUAUUCACUCUUAUUCACAAAAGAAACUUAUGACAACAUACUGUGUAGAUUUUCUUGACAAGAUCCAUAGCGGUAAGUGGCUGUCCCUUGAUUAAUUGCCUUAAAUUCUUCAAGGAUCUGUAAAAUAUUCAGACUAUCACAAAGAAGAUACUAUUUUUCAUGGAUGGUGGCUUAGGUUAUCCAUAGUGGUGGAUAUUUUCCAAGAAUAAAUAGAAUCUUUGUGUAAAUAGAAUAAAUAGAAUACUGUAUUCCCGACCGUGAGUCUUUGAUGAUUCAGUAAACUUCGAAGAUUCCUAUCAUCUUCAAUAUUUCAUGUUUGCAGUUCUAUUUUGUUCUACUUUGCAUAAUUGUAGGGUCCUACUAAACACUGCCCGAGAUGACUGCCUGAGAUGAUUGCCCGAGAUGACUGCCUGAGAUGAUUGCCCGAG